AUGAAUUUUGAGGUUUCUGAAGAAAUAGCGGCAAAAGCCGAAAAAACUAAGGAUUCUUUACUACUUUUAAAGUCCAGGCAAAUGUACGAGAAAAAAUUUAAAAGUUUUAACGAGUGGAAAGGGAAAAUUUCUCUUGAUGGCAUAAACGAAACUGGGAUGAUGACUUACUUUCAAGACCUGUUUAUUGCAUUCCUUCAGCAAAAGUCGAAGGGAUAUUCUCCCAAAAAGUCACAAGUCUUGACAGGGGAACAAGUUUUAACGUUCGUAAAAGAUGCUCCUGACGAAACACAUCUUUCGAACAAGGUGAUUCUAGUAAUUGGCGUAUUUGGUGCUUUAAGAAAAAUUGAGGUGGUGCAGCUCACUAUCGAAAAUGUUAUUGAUAAAGGAAGUGUUAUAUUAGUGCAAACUCCAAAAACUAAAAUCGAUGAACCCAAGUCGUUUACGAUAAUGACCUUCAUCAAACUUCAAGAGGAAGCUAUCCACUUAGAAAAUUCUGUUUUAACUGGAAACUUACAUCUACCAUCUGGAAUUGCUGCGUCUUCUUUGAUGGUUUUUAAUAACUAUUAUAAUUUACGUUAUUAUCCAGAAAUAAUGCUUUCAUACGCUGGAUUGCAUCCGUAUUUUAGGUCCAAGCUGCUGAUGUUUUACAAUCAUUACGUCAACUGUAGCUUCUUCACGUUUCUUCUUCUACUGGCCAUUGUAGAAGUAGCGCUUUGGUGUAACAGGGACACACUUCAAGCAAUCGAAGGUCUGUCUUCUGUACUUUUUAUGCUAUAUACAUUUUGCAGAUACAUAAUCAGCUAUUACAAUAAACCGAUUUUGGAGCAUUUACUCCAAAAUCAGUCCAAAUUUUGGGGAAUUGCAAACCUUCAAGGAUCCAUACGUGAAGAGUGCGAAUAUAUUUUCCAAAACACGUCAAAUUUUAUCCGUUAUUACAAAAACUACGCUGUGAUUUUAGCAGCUGUGUUUUACAUACAGCCGUUCAUUUUUCACGAAUUGCAAAUGAAAAUUUAUGUACCGGAAGGAUGGUUUUAUUUUUUGUAUGCUGUUUACUGGUAUAUGACACCCCCUUUAUUUGUUAGUGUUUAUGGUGUGACAUCACUGUUUUGUGCCCUUUCUGUUCCAGCAGUAAUUCAGUUUAAAUUACUGGCACAUAGGUUUGAAACUUUGCAGACGCCUGAAAAACUGAAGGACUUGGUCGAUUAUCACAAUUUUUUAAUUAAAUAUUGCAGCAAAAUCAACACUUAUUUUAGCGCUACACUUCUGUUCGAAUUUUUCAUCACCGUUUCAGUGUGCUGCAUUCUUAUAUUCAUAUGUGUGAACGAUUACCCAUUUGUGGACAAAGUCAAAUAUAUCGGAUUUAUCGUAAGCCAGUUUCUGGAUACUGCAAUUUAUUGUUACACCGCUGAAUUGGUCACAGAGGCUUCGGAGAAAGUUAGCAAUAUAUUCUACAACCAAAUUUGGUACAACUUUGAAGAAUCCAGUAUUAGUAAACAAGUGAUUUUUGUUAUUAGUAGAGCACAAAAGAAGAUUCUUUUUAGUGGAUAUGGAAUAGUUUGGAUUAAUAUGAUGACCUUCACUCAGGUGUUUAAGGUAACUAUGUCUUUUGUCAGUUAUCUUAAUGCUGUGACAAUGUAA